CAACAAAGACUAAAGAGCAAAGAGUAUAUAACUAAAGAGAGUAAAGAGUUAGCACUUUGACUUGACAGCUACAUAGUAGAUAACAAACAAUUUUUGACAGCUGAUGUGUAAUUGUGUAUUUGCUUGCGAAGAAGUGGUCACACACACGUUUAACUAUAAAAUUGCUGCUAUUAGGCUAUAACCACGUAAAAGUAACGUUUAGAAAGUGUUAAAACAAAGGAAAAUGGAAAAACAAGCAUAUACUGAACAACCCCCUCCUUAUUCGGCGUCUGUGCCACCUCCACAGGGGUCACAAGGUGUGCCGCCCCCACCCCAACCACAGCCACAGCCAACACAAGGUGCAUUUCCUCCACCACCCCCAGGAUAUACUCCCUAUGGUACAGUACCAGAAGCAACUGCAUAUGUACCCAACUAUGGGGCUACAAAUAUCAUCAUACCCCCUGCUAUAAUAGCAGUCGGGGCUUGCCCAGCCUGUAGAGUGGGCAUACUUGAAGAUGACUUUACCUGUCUAGGUAUUCUAUGUGCUAUUCUCUUCUUUCCUUUGGGGAUUUUGUGCUGUCUUGCUCUUAAGAACAGGAGAUGCUCGAAUUGUGGCGCUAUGUUUGGAUAGAAUUGGGAAAAUUAAUAAUGUCAAUGGCUCCAUACUUGAAAACAAUGUGCUAUUAACUUUGUGGUAAAAUAAUUGUUUUUAUAGCAUAAAGAAUGAAAUAAUAUAACUUAUAUUUAUUAUAUAUUCAAUGAAUACUGAACAAGAUUAAUGAUAUGAAUAAGGAAUAAAAGGUGUUUAAAAAUAUAUUCAGUCUAUCAAAGACAAAAAUGGUGCAGUUUUUAACAUAUAAAUCUCUCAUGAUGAUUAAUAAAAAUGACUAUCAAUUUAUAAUGACCAAAAAAUAAAAGAAUAAAAUAAAACUAUAUGUCAUUCCGUAUAUUUAAAUGCACAUGAUAAUUGUUACCGUCCAAGUUGGUUAAGCUAAUAAAAUAUAUAUUUUUGUAACAAAGUAAUGUUGCCAAGCUGUUUAACUUCCCAAAAAAAACCAUUCACUUGUUUUACACCACUGAACAUGUUACUUUAUCAAAAAAUGUUACAAUAUUUGUUUGACUUCAAUACUAUUAAGCUAAUUAUAAAACUUUUUAACUAGAAAU